CAUCAAAAUGUGAUAGGUUUUGUGUAUGUUCAGAUUUCGGAUUUUGUUAACAGUGAUUUCUUUUAAAUUUGUUGAUGUACAACAUGGUCUAAUAUGAAGAAGAUAAGGAGCAAAAUUUAAAUUUGUUGUUUUCGAAGUGACAAUCAAUUUCAUUUUAGUGGCUUCUCAAUUGACAAAUAUCGAGUUAUAAACAUAACCUAUAAAUUGAUUUAAUGGUGUUAUUAACUCCAGUAAACAAGGGCUAGCUAAAGCGUUUAGUGUAACAGACAUAAAAUUGUAUAAGAUUUGUAAGAACCGCAAAUUCUAAACGAUUGUUUUAAUUAUUAUUAUAAGUAGCUAGAGACUAGCAGUGUAGUGUAUUAUAUAGUGGUACUGAUGUGAUUCUCCAACUACUAAUCAAAGAGAUAACCAUAAAUGGACAGUAAAAUAAAUCAAAUCGUUUAACUAUUUAAAAUGAAGUCUAAUGGUAAUGCAUUAAAUUUUAUUGUUAUAAAUUUUGUACAAUGCUAAUCCUUCUCGAAUCCGAACAUGACCAAAACAUAGAUCGAAUUUAUACGAAGAUGUCCGAAGGUUGUUCUGGCCGAAAUAUUAAUCCGAUAGUAUCUGAUGUUGAAAAUUUACAUUUUAUUAAUAAUAUAGGAGCCAGCGAUAAAGAAAUUGACUUAAAUAGUAGUUAUGAUCAUGGAUAUGCAUCAAAUUCUGGGACCGUUCUGCCCAACCUUUCAAGUUCAAACUGUCAAAACGCCGAAAGUGAGGUUAAAUUUUUAAGAGAAUGGUUGUUGUUGCACUUGGAUUUAAUUCAACAGCAAAAUGACGAAAUUCUAAGCAAGGAAAAGACAAUUUCAAUGCUUAAACAAGAAAAUGAAAUGCUUAAAGAACGCCUAAACAGCUUUCAAAAAGGGAUCUCCUCCCAUUCUCAAAGAACAACAGAGUCUAAUUUGGAUAAGUUUAUUACGAAUACUGACUUUAAGAUAACGGAAGUUUCCCAUAUUGUUAGGGAAGAAAAAGAGGAAAUUCCCUUACUUUCGCUCUCUACUGAAACAAAUUCUAUAACUGUAGAAAAGGCUGAUUAUCCCGAAGAUCAUAAACCUGAAGAAAAUUCUUCAUCUAAUGUGAACUCAUGUACCACUUACUACAAUUUGCCAGUAAAUAACAGUGAUAGCACUCAAGUUGAUGAAAAAGCACAAAAAGACAACUUCAACAGCUCUGAUUGUAGUGCCCUAUUAAAUAAUUUAACAGAAAAUAAUAAGUGUACAGAUAACAUACCAGCAGCCACCUCAGUUGAUGUUUCACUAAAGAACAUACGAAUGAGUAUCCGAAGGAAAAGAUUAUGUAGCAACUCUUCCAUUUUAUCAAAUAAUGAUUCCCUAGAAGAGAAAAACCUAACAAGAAAAUUAAGAAAAAAAAGAAAAUGUUCUCUCAAAAACGAUAAGCUUCUAAUGUGUAAUGAACAGUAUCUAACACAGACUGGAGAAGUAAAUAUACCCUUAACUGAGCCAGAUGUAUAUAAUGAAUUUACUCGGCCAACAAAUUUAGAAGUUCCGAGAUGGAGGGUAAAAGUGUACACCAGUUGUUAUACAAUGGAAGGAACUGAGAAUUUAGAUGAUGAAGUAUUCAAUAAACGGCACCUCAAACAUGAAAAUGAUGAAAGAAGAAGAAAACGAUGGGAUGUCCAAAGGAUACGUGAACAAAGGAUAGUGGAAAAAUUGAAACAGAGACAAGAACGAGUGGCUUCUGGUUCAAAAGGAGAGGAUCAGUCUGAACCUGUGCAAUCACUGUGGCCCUUGCCUGAAGACAUUAAGUAUUUAGAGGUUUGUGAUCAGCUCCCAGUGUCUGCCCUAGGAGCACCCUUACCUCGUUUUACCCCCAGUGAAUUUAGCCUUCCUUGGCUUAACAAUCCACAUUUAAUUGUAAGAAGAAAUUCAAACAGACGAUGUACAGGUCGAAGAAAAGGUACAAAGAGAUAAGAUCAAUAAAUUGGAAAAGGAAGCAAAAACAAUCGCAUUUAACAGACUGUAUGGACAUUUGUACAUAAAACUUGAUAGAUCUCUAGGGAUACCAUUUACUUCGUUUUUUUCGAAGUACUCGUGUCGUAGUAUUGAGAUUAUUAAUAAGCUUAAAAUUUUCUUUCUUAUUUAUUUUUUUUGUUUAAAUUUUGAAAUGAAAGUGUAAACUAAGUACAAAGCUAUUUUUUGAUAAAGAAAUAAUUACAAUAAAUUGAGUCACUCUCAUUUCAAAGCACCUAUUUGUACAGUAGCUUUAAGUUUAAUAAAACACUUGUCUCUCAUCUCAUCAUUCAAAUAAUUUAGAUGUACAGUUUUGUGAAAUUAAGUAAAAAACAAGAGCACU